CUAAGAGAUUCAGUUAGAAAUUGCGAUAUUACGUGCGAGCAGCCACCAAAAUUCGACGGCAUAUUGUUUUUUUAAUAUAAUAAUAUAUUAAAUGUUCGACGAUCUGAAAGUAAAAGUGUAAAUAAUUUUUAAUUAUUGAGUGGAAAUUUCGAUGAGGAUAUGUGUUAUGCAGGAGCCGAGUCUGCUUUGAGCCUUAAAAGCUUUGUCAUUCAAUGGAUUUAUUUUUGACUUUAUGCAGCUUUGGAUCCUGACUCUGUUUAAUAUGCUAUAGAACAUUUGUUUUGUUUUGCUCGAAAAACUUUAAGAAAAUGUUUGAUUUAGUUAUAUCUUAACUGAUUGUGAUUAUGAAUUCAAGUUUGAAUAUAAGUUUGAGUGCGCAUUCAGGCACUAUGGAUGCUACUUCAGUUGCGUUGCCUGACAUAGAUGAUUACGGCUGUCCCAAUCUGAAUUGCACCCCAAUGGAAUUUACACAAUUUAUACUCGGUCCGCAGACUCUGCCACUACAUAAGGCGCUGCUGAUCAGCAUUAUAUUUAGUGGCAUCUUCAUAACUGGCGUGUUGGGCAAUGUUUUGGUCUGCAUGGUCAUCAUCAGGCAUUCGGCAAUGCAUACGGCCACAAAUUAUUAUCUAUUCAGCUUAGCCGUCUCCGAUUUGCUUUACCUACUCUUAGGACUGCCAACUGAAGUAUUUCUCUAUUGGCAUCAAUAUCCAUUUCUGUUCGGCAUACAAUUUUGUAAGCUGCGAGCAUUCGUAUCGGAAGCCUGCACCUAUGUUUCCGUAUUCACAAUUGUUGCCUUCUCCAUGGAACGAUUUCUGGCUAUAUGCUAUCCGUUGCAUGUGUGUGCCAUGUCCGGCUUUCAGCGAGCACUGCGCAUCAUUACAGUGCUUUGGAUUGUUAGUUUUAUAACUGCCAUACCGUUCGGUGUAAAGACUGAAAUUCAAUACUUAAAUUAUCCAAUCGAUGGAUCUCGAAUACUGGAAUCUGCAUUUUGUUCCAUGGAAUCAGAGUUUCCUGAUAAAUAUCCUUUGUUUGAGGUGUCCUUUAUAAUAUUUUUCAUUAUACCCAUGAUACUCAUUUUUUUAUUGUAUGGUCGCAUGGGCGCUCAAAUCCGCUCCAGAGCCACCGACAAGUUGGGAGUUCAGCAGGGUUCACGAAAUCGAGCUUCUCGCAAUUCGCAGAAGAAAAAGCGAGCCGUCAUACGAAUGUUGGCCGCCGUUGUGAUCACAUUCUUUGUCUGUUGGUUUCCCUUUCACCUGCAACGACUGUGGUUCCUAUACGCUAAAAACUUUGCCUGCUUUCAAAAUGUCAACGAAUGGCUCUUCUCGAUAGCGGGCUUUGCAUACUACGUGUCUUGCACCAUAAAUCCCAUUGUAUAUAAUGUGAUGUCUAAGCGCUAUCGAGUUGCCUUCAAGGAGAUUCUCUGCGGCAAGAAAGCUGGAGCAUUUUAUAACAGCGGCUUCGCCCGCGAUCAAUCGAGUUUUAUACGCGAUGAAACGAGUUUUCGUCGAAAUAGCAUUGCUAGCAAUAAUAAUCUGAGCAGCAAUAAUGCGCGCCAUAAUCGAGCACAUUCUAACCGUAUGUCCGACUGCUCUUUGCUAAGCACAAAAAUAGUCAUAGUGCUGGGCAAUAGUGCGCAACGAAGAGAAAUAAAUAGCAAUAUUCCCGAAGAAACUGUCAUUAAAAAGGAGGAAACAUAAAGCUGGUAUUCUUUAUACACAUAUAUAUUUUCUAUUAUAUAUAAAAUUAAAUUAUCUAAGCACUCUUACAAA